CGCUGUGGUCUGGAGGAAGGGAGCCAUCUGGGUGCUGGGAUUGGAAGCAGGGGCUGCCGGUUUGCAGGGAUCAGGGGUCCUCAGUCCAGAGGUUGGGUCAAGAGGACGCUUGGAAGGGAGACAAGACAGGAUAUAGAGUGGUUCUUACCCAGGAAUAAGUGAAUGGUCAGCAAGCUGGAGACAGUGGGACUCAGGCAGAAACGCAACCUGGGGUCAGCUUGGCCAGGGAUCAGCAUAGAUCGGGGAGCACGUCCAGACAACUCUGUGGCCCAGGUGGGGCAGCCUGUUCGAGGAAGGAUGGCUACUUGGACCCUCAACCUAACUGGAUUGUCAAGAUCAUAGGCCGGUUCCAUAGGAAGGAAACCCACCACAGAGUGUAACCACAGUGGGUGUGAGGCCCAGGAACAGGGUCCCCAGUCCACAGGAGGCCGACCUAGAUCCCUGGCUGGGCACGGGUGAUGCCAAGACAGAGCUACAGCGCAUUCUGAAGCUGAGAAGGCAGGUCCGAAGGGGAGGCACCCAACCUGAUCAGCCAGGGAGGGCUGGUGAGCCGCUGGUUGGCUGUUGUGGGGAGAAAGAUUCCUCCAGACACAGCUGGGUGUAUAACUGGGUGGUCGAACAUUGAGAUUGUCAGCUGGAAGCAAUAGAUGUUGAAGAGGCGACAGGAGAGGGUCAGUUAGACGAGCUCCUGGCCAGAGGGAGACCGGCAGCCUGUGUUCUCUAGUUAGGGUGGUUUGGAGACAGACAGACAGCCUGUUGCCUGGAGAUGGUUGGGCAGUCAGCCAGACCUUUGACGGGUACAGGUGGGUGGUCAUCCUGACCAAGCCUGAACUGAAGGGUCAGCCGGGGCAUUGUGUAGGCAGUGGGCUAGAGGUUGUGCAGUGGAGCAGAGAUGGGAAGCUGAUGGGUUACACAGCUGGAGACAGUGUCAGGUGGUCAACCUGACCAACAGGCAGGGCGAGUGGUAGGGUCGGCCAGGCACUCACAGACAGCUGGUGGGAAGGUCAGAUGGCCAGCCAGUCCUGGUGCUGGCUGGAGGCAGGUGGGCAAUUGGGCUGAACUGCCCACACUUCAGGCGGGCGGUUAUUCGGGCAGUCUGAUUGUCAGGAAGUGAGCUAGGGGUAAGCCAGGGAGCUGUUUAGACUUUCACAGGUCUGCCCUGAAAGUCUUGAAUGGCAACCUAGAGAGAACAGGAGACCCCCAGAGGAUCAGUCCCCCAGAGACAGCCAAACACUCUGACACCACACUUCACCCGUGUCGGACCACCUGAGCAGCCUGAUGGCGGCCUCUCAGCUGGCGGCGCUGGAAGAAGCAGAGUGGGGGUCUGGGGUGCUGCCCCUGACCGAGGCCAGCCCCCGCUUCCUAUAUUCCGAGAGCCAGCGUCUGGCGCUUGAGGCUCUGCUGAGCAAAGGCGCAGAGGCAUUCAAGGCCUGUGUGCAGCGCGAGGGGCUGCGGCCUUUCCUGAGUGGAGAUGAGCUCCGGGGCCUGGUAGCGGCUGCUGAGGACUGGACAGCAGCCAGUCAGGAGCCCUGCAGGGCGGCAGAGGGAGCCACCGCCGCCGGUGCGGACUCCAGCAGCCUGACCUACUGGCCUGGACGGUCGGAGGAUGAGGCGCCCAUGCUACGGCUGGGCUGGCCCAAGGACUCAGCCUGGAAGGGUAUCACCCGGGCACAGCUGUACACCCAGCCGCCUGACGAGGGCCACCCACCCCUCAAGGAGCUGGUGCGCCAGGAAAUCCAGGCUGCCCAAAAGCUGGUAGCUGUGGUCAUGGACAUCUUCACUGACCCGGACCUGCUUUUGGACCUGGUGAAUGCUGCCACACGCCGCUGCGUGCCCGUCUACCUGCUUCUGGACCGCCAGCAGCUGCCUGCCUUCUUGAUGCUGGCCCAGCAGCUGGGGAUGAACCCCUGGGCCACUGAGAACCUGGAUGUCCGUGUCGUGCGGGGCUGCAGCUUCCAGAGCCGCUGGCGACGGCAGGUGAGCGGCAACGUGCGAGAGAAGUUUGUGCUCCUGGACGGCAAUAGGGUCAUCUCGGGAUCCUACAGCUUCACAUGGAGUGACUCACGCCUGCACCGAGGCCUGGUGACCCUGCUGACCGGUGAGAUCGCCGAUGCCUUUGGUCGCGAAUUCCGGACACUGUACGCAGCUUCCUGGCCGCUCCCGCCCGCACCCACUCCGGGCCCCUUGGUCAGUGCCCUGGGGGUGCUGAAACUGACCCACAGCCCGCACCGCGUGGCCUGCCGUCGCUCUGUGGCCCCCAUGUCACCGCCACCACCCAAUGGCCCUCUGGCCCAACGCCUGGUGGCCUGCCAAGUCUUCCAGGGGGACAGGCAGGAGACCCCCGCAGCCCCGGGGCCGGCACUCAGCGACAUCCUGAGGAGUGUACAACGCUCCCGGACCCCCAGUGGCCCACCAGCCAGGCCCAGCCGCUCCCUGUGGGACCUGAGCCGCCUGUCCCAGCUGUCAGACUCCAGUGACCGUGACAACGAGCUCAAGAAGUCCUGGGGCAACAAAGACACCCCAGCCAGGGCCCUGAUGAGGCAGCGGGGCACUGGAGGACUGCCCCGCGGUGAGGUGGACUCCCGACCCCUGGCCUGGUGCCAGCCCUGGGGCGGCCCCCUGCCCCUCACCUCUGCCCCCCGCCUCCACUAUCUGUCCCCCACCCGGAGGAGGUUUGGUGAAGAUGCGACAUCUAAACUCCCAGAACCUAGAGGCACCCAGCAGCCACAUGGGGCUGCCCAGGCAGAACCCAGGGGGCAACCCUGACAGGAACCAAAGCCGACUGGGCUGGCCCAGCCAGGAGAGUUGGACAAUCACAGCUCAAAGCCCCCUGCCCUGAUGUGCCUUGGACACGGCUUCUGGCCUCAGUGUCUGGCAAGUAGAAGAAGGGAUUAUUUUUCAUUUGUACUAGAACUGGGGCAAGCUCAGGGCCCACUCUAGACCUCAGUGCUACAGUCUAGAAAGUGGACACAUAGUCUUGACUACCUGGGAGCCUGGAACAGUGCACAUCCAGUUCCAGCCGGGUCAGAACUUCUCCGAGGGCAGGCCUGGCCGAGUGGACCCGGGGCUAGAAUUGCGUGGGUUGCAGAUGGGGAUUGCUUGGGACAAAAGGAUAAGCUUUCUGCACCCACUGUGCUCAGGAGCUGUGGGUAAACCGAGCUUGGCCAAGGAGAGGAGAGAACCAGUCUGCGGGGUGGAGCUGAAUAACUAGGGACUGCAAAUCGGUGGGGAUGCACCUCCUGGGCAAUGGAGAGGGACUGGGCAGGCGCUGGGAUUGUUUCGUGGGUGCUAAGGGGUGAGUUGGUGGGUCUCCCUUUUACCUUCGCUCAGAAUAAAGCUGCUUCAUUUCAGAAA